GUGGAGGAGAACGGCGUUGCAGUCCAAAGGGGACAUCGUCAUGAUAAGACGGUACAAUGUUUUUGUGGCCUCCUGGCUAGAACACAACACCGUAUUCAAAUAUGACUCAUGUCUACUUAACCACACCAACAAUGGGAUAGGCCAACAUUUGCAACCAUCAAUUAAAAAAAAAAUCUCAAAACAUCUGAAACCAUAGAAUCCAGAGGGGAAAACCCGCAACAAUAGUACAAAUAACCAUGGAAAUGAGCCACAGAAUCUCAUACUUUAGGUAAUUGUAGAUAUGAUAUUGUACUAUUAAAAAAAUAAUAACAAUUGUGGACACUUGGUUAUCAAAAUAAACCUUUUCAAAACUCAAUGCAAGGCCCCGUUCCGUUACAUUUGACGACGCGAGCGCCUUUUCUCACAUAGCCUGGUUGAACUUGCGAGUCACUAUAGGCGCGCGGCCACCUAAAUAAAUCCUCGUGCAGUCACACUGACCAGCUCGGCGGUUUUUGCUGCGAGUCCACAGACCCACAUCAAUUGCUGUACUCUUGUACACUAGCCUCAAGUGGAAGGCUUUGCUUAUACAGCUGACAACUUGGAAUUUCAGAUGUAUUUUUUUUUUGGUAAAAAAAAACAACAUGAGAAUGUCUCAAUGUGUAUUCAAUCAUCAUCAAAAACUCAUCAUGGGCGAUACUGAGCGCUCCCUCUCGUGAGUUUAUCAUUCUUCAAAGCGACUGAAGUUUGUGUGACUUUGGAUCCAAAUAUGAUUGAAAAUCUGCCCGAAUGUCAAGUUACUUUGCGUUUAGAAUGUAAGCUACAGUCAAGAAUAGUAACCUUCUGAAAUAAAAUACCCCAAACAACGGCAUGUAAUUAUCUCCUGUCACGAUACUGUGAUUUAAAAAAAACGACGAUAACUAUUACAACAUAGUGCUUAAUGAUGUGCUGAACAUCGCAGCCCUUCCAUGAGCUUUCAGCCAUCACGUGACACGGCUGUCUCGGCUGCAUCCCCUCGGGUUGUCAUGGCAACAGCGUAUCCCAGGGAUGCACCUCUGAUGAAAGGGGGCAUGGCUAAAAACAACCCCAGGCCUUCCCAAACUGUUCCGGAGUAUUAAAAGCAUGGACCUCAGUGCAAGAAAUUCAUUGGCUCAUGCAUGUUGCAAUUACUACAACUGAAAGCAACACUGCAACGUAUUGGUCUCCUCAAAAUGGUGUGUUGUGGAAAUAGAAGCACACAUUUGAAUCUUGAGUUGUGUCACAGCAACAUAAAAACGCGUAAUAACUUUUUAUUCCCGAGCUCACCCGCAGGAGGAGCUGCGGCUCACUCGGCGAAGCCUGACUGGCGAGACGCAAGCCAGAGAUGCAUCUUCUCUUUUUUUUUUCCUUUUCUCCUUCUGUGGCAUGAAUAAUAACUGGAGAGAGAGCGAAAGAGAGAGCUCGUUGAGAGGCGAGUGGGGAAGGGGGUGUGUGGGGGGGGCGUGGGGGAGAGAGCAGCGGAGACAGCAGCCACAGUGACAGUGCACAAGUUCAGAGCUCAGACUUACCUUUUGGGAAGGUGCAGAAGUUUUGUCUUGAGGAUCUCCUCCGGUGUUAUGGCUUUGUCAGAACCGAGCCAUCUUGUCCUUUAGAGCUGCGUGUUUCCCCUCCAGAAGAACUUGAAGCCCCCCCGAGGAGGAUGGAGACGCUGUCAGGGAAGGACAAGGAGCUGAUCCGGAGCAGCUGGGAGAGCCUGGGCAAAAAUAAAGUUCCUCAUGGCGUCAUCAUGUUUUCCAGGCUUUUUGAGCUGGACCCGGCUCUUCUCACUCUUUUCCACUACAACACAAACUGCGGCAACACACAAGACUGCCUCUCCAGCCCAGAGUUCCUGGAGCACGUCACCAAGGUGAUGCUUGUGAUCGAUGCCGCCGUCAGCCACCUGGACGAUCUUCACUCCUUGGGGGAUUUUCUUCUCAACCUGGGGAAGAAGCAUCAAGCCGUGGGAGUCAACCCACAGUCGUUUGCUUUGGUGGGGGAGUCGCUCCUCUACAUGCUGCAGUGCAAUUUGGGCCAGGCCUACACCGCGGCCAUGCGUCAAGCGUGGCUGAAUAUGUACGGCAUCGUGGUGGCCGCCAUGAGCCAAGGAUGGGCUGAGAAUGGCGAGGACAAGGCAGACUGAAGCGCCGCCGCGUGAGCUGCUGAGCGGAUGCUGUCCUCUUCACUUAUUGUGGUUGCCAUGGAACAAGGUUGUGUAACUGGCAGCACUGUGGCUUUUUUUUUUUUUUUUUGAAGCUGCUGUACAUUAGCGGGGAGCGCAAAGCAAAGGCGAAUGUAUGGUGUGGCCACACUCCACCGAUCACAGACUUCGUCUUUGCAGUGGUGUUUCGCAAACAGGGUCCAAACCGGCCACCAUGAAGCAAAGCAAAGAAGCAUAAUGGUUAACUUGUAUAUACUGUAAUGCCUUUUAUUCUAUCUUCUGACCAUAGUGGACUAUGUGAUGUAUCCUAAAAGCGUCACUCAGUGAUGAAUAUUCCAUUUACGCUACUCAAAGUGAUACGAGUUUAGUGUGACCCACACGGGGCAGCUCUGGGUCAAAUUGUGACCAAAACAAAAUGGCAUCACUAUACUCAUUGAGGUGUGUUUUUUUUGUGUAUAUUAUCGAAUUUUUAAUGUAUUUAUGAACGCCUCAGAUCACAAUUUUUUUUCCAAUGGACAAACUGCCAACAGCUAGUGACAAGAACUGUUACACACUGAUAGCUUUCUACCAUAAUUUCUGACUGUUAUGGUGUCCUCGUGCACCUUAUUUUACACGGUGCAUGGCACUCAUUUCAAUGGAGGCCGUGAGUACGUACCUCAGUGGUCUUCAUCUGACUGUUAACAAACAAGACUGUUAUGUUCAGCGAAAGGGUGUAGUAGGACUUUGUUGGUGUUAAUCACUGUAGUCAGUGUUUUUUGUGAAUGCAGCCACUUAACAACUGAUGGUAAAAAAAUUUUUCGAUUUGAACAUAAAUGACCUCGUAAUUGAGUGUAAAGGGAUUUUAUACAUCCUAUAUGUGUAUCAUGCGCUUUUGGUCAACAGCAAAUUUUAAUCAGAGAUGGCUUGAUGGGCCAAUUGACAUAUUUGUGAUGCCGAUUUCAAAAAUGUAUUUUCUUUUUUUCAAGCGUAUCAGAUUUUUGAGAUAUUUUACCAUGCGUCGCAAUUUAUAGCUAUGAUGUGAAAGCACUACGUAAGUAAAGAUGAGUUGAGAGUAAAAGAAAAAAAAUCCACCUGUUGAUGAACUUAACCCUUAAUUAAAACAUAUUACGAAAUAGAUUGCUAUAUUACACAUUGUAUUUUGAUCGGUUCUGAAAACGGAUGGACAUUAUUAUUAUUUUGAAAAGCUGAUGUGCCAGAGGGGAAAAAAAACAAGGGCGGAUUUUGAAUCAACCCAAAAAAAAAAACAUCUAAAAAAGUUGACUUGCAUCUCUGAUUAAAAUAUUUUGUAAAAAAAAAUUGUUGACCAGUGUUAUUAGCAUAAUUGUGGUUCUGGAUUUCUUUCAAUGCCAAGUAUUUGAUCACACAACUGUAAAUCCAAGUUGCUGAUAUGUGGUUUUUAACGCUUUAUCUUGAGUUUACAUUGAAAAAGUUUAUUUUUAUAUUCCAAACUUUGAUGUAUAUUAACUCAAGCCAUUGUAGAUUUACGUGAAAAUUCAAUCUUAAAGACUACAAAAUAUACUCGUACCGGUCGCUUAAUUAGGUACGCACAAGCAACCUGGCGUGAUCCAAAACCUGAUGAUCGAUGCUGUCAAGAGAGGCUUUCUUUUAAUUAUGCUUAUCAUUCGGAAUGUGCAAGUGUAGAAGUUCUCUGCGACAUGCUGAGUGCUGUUCCUAAUAUGUUGCCACUCAACCGUAGCUAAAACAAGGCAACCAAAAUAUUAGAAGCAGCUCCCGGCAUGAUGCGGCGUCGUGCAACACUACCCCUAAACGACAACCAGAAUAAUAAACAAUUAUUUUUUUUGUCAAGGCAGAUAUCCAGAGAGUGUAUGUAAUCCCUGCGUUGUCCGUAUUUUUCCAGGUGUACCAUUUAUUCAACUGGCUAUGUAGGUGGCGUAUUUGUGGCGUUUCCUUUGCUAGCCUUGGUACAUUGCCCUAUGCGGGUUGCCUCUAUUUUCAAUCAUCGUUUUUACAAGGCGCCACAGACACAUGAUAUAUUAUUCCGGGACCAUCCGGUUGUGCACAGCGACACGGCCAUCGCUGUCUACCUCAUCAUUAUUGUCAGCUGCUAUACGGAUCAGUGAUGACUUCACUUAGUUAUCCUUUGACCCUCCCUCCCCUUAAAAAAUGAAACGCACAUAAUUAGAGUGAGUAAUGCCAGUAAGUAAGCACUCUUUGUGAACUGAAUUCAAUGCUACAGUUUCCUAACUUUUGUGUGUGCAUACUUAAGACUCAAUAAAAUAAUUUAUUGUGGACGUUU